AUGGGGCUAGAUUUUGACGUGAAGACCUUCUGUCACAACCUGCGGGCCACCAAGCCACCCUACGAGUGUCCCGUGGAGAGCUGUCGGAAGGUCUACAGGAGCUACAGCGGUAUCGAGUACCACCUUUACCACUAUGACCACGACAACCCGCCUCCCGCGCAGGCCGCGCCCCACAAAAAGCGCAAGGGCAGGCCGCCUCGCGCAUCUCUAGCCAGCUCCCCCGGGCACUCGGAGCCUUCGCAUUCCCCCGGCAGGGACACAAUGACAUACGCGCAGGCGCAGCGCAUGGUGGAGCUGGAGAUCCAAGGACGUAUUCACCGCAUAAGCAUCUUUGAGAACAUCGACGUCGUGUCUGAGGAGGACAGCGAUGCUGAGAAUGGGCCACCAUCUGUCACAGGCACCCACUCCGGAGGCGUGUGUAACGGUAGCGAUGGCGGAGGCGAAGCAGGCGGCGCCAGUAAGGACAGGUCUGACAUGCCAUCUCCCAACGGGGGCAAAGCCACGCCAAAGUCGGGGAAGCAUAAAAGUAAGGAGAAGAAGAAGGAGGGAUCGUCCCAUCACCACGGGAAUCAGUCGGGGCCCACGGUCAAGCUGCCUGAGGCGGUCUUUCGAGAAUUGGACCAAGAGAGGCCUGACGCACCUCCUCGCCCGACGUCCUAUUACAGGUACAUUGACAAGUCUGUGGAGGAACUAGAUGAGGAGGUGGAGUACGACAUUGAUGAGGAGGACUACAUCUGGCUUGAUAUCAUGAACGACAAGCGCCGGCUCGAUGGUGUCACUCCCAUCCCUCAGGAAGUGUUCGAGUACCUCAUGGACCGGCUCGAAAAGGAGUCCUACUUUGAAAGCCAUAACAAGGCGGACCCGAGCACCCUGAUUGACGAGGACGCCGUUUGCUGCAUCUGUAACGACGGAGAGUGCCAGAACAGCAACGUGAUCCUCUUCUGCGACAUGUGUAACCUAGCCGUCCACCAGGAGUGCUACGGCGUGCCGUACAUUCCGGAGGGCCAGUGGUUGUGUCGCCGCUGUCUGCAAUCGCCGAGUCGGGCAGUGGACUGUGCCCUUUGUCCCAACAAGGGAGGAGCCUUUAAACAGACGGACGAUGCGCGCUGGGCUCACGUUGUGUGCGCCCUCUGGAUCCCGGAGGUGUGCUUUGCCAACACAGUCUUCCUGGAGCCCAUCGACAGCAUCGAGCAUAUUCCUCCCGCCCGCUGGAAGCUGACCUGCUACAUCUGUAAGCAGCGGGGCUCUGGCGCUUGCAUUCAAUGUCACAAAGCAAACUGCUACACGGCCUUCCACGUCACAUGCGCGCAGCAGGCGGGUCUUUACAUGAAAAUGGAGCCCGUCCGAGAGACUGGCGCCAAUGGGACCUCCUUCAGUGUCCGUAAAACGGCCUACUGCGAUAUUCAUACACCACCGGGAUCUGCCCGUCCUCUAGGAGGGGUCGGCGGCACCAGCGGUGCCUCAUCUCAGAGUGAAGGCGAACCGGAGGAGGAUGACGAGCCCUCUGUCGGCCACGACGAAGACUCCCGGGGUUGGAGCUCGGAACGUUCCAAGCGGGCAAAGGCCAAGUCCAGGCUAAAGAUGAAAAGAGCUAGGAAGAUUUUGGCUGAGAGAAGAGCUGCCGCUCCGGUGGUAUCUGUGCCGUGCAUCCCUCCCCAUAGGUUGAGCAAAAUCACCAGCAACUUAACGGUACCUAGGAAGAGCCAGUUCAUGCAACGGCUUCACAGCUACUGGACCCUGAAGAGGCAAAGCCGCAACGGUGUCCCGCUUUUGCGUCGUCUUCAAACGCACCUGCAGUCACAACGACACAUAGAGCCCUUGCCGCCGCAGCCUUCUGCCCAACUUCCUAGAGACGGUGAGGAGAAGCAAACUGUUUUAAAGGAGCAAUUGAAGGCGUGGCAACGACUAAGACAUGACUUGGAGAGGGCCAGGCUUCUCGUGGAGCUCAUUCGCAAAAGAGAAAAACUCAAAAGGGAGACGAUUAAAAUGCAGCAGAUGGCACUGGAAAUGCAGCUGACCCCCCUCCUGGUGCUUCUGAGGAGUACGUUGGAGCAGUUACAGGAAAGAGACAUUAACAAUUUCUUCACGGAGCCCGUACCCCUUGCGGAGGUCAGUGAAUAUGUGCCAGACUACCUUGACCACAUCGACACGCCGAUGGACUUCCAGACUAUGUGGAACCUUCUUGAGUCUCAUCGCUACCUGACUUUUGAGGCGUUCGAGGGUGACUUUGGCCUUAUUGUCAACAACUGCCUCAAGUACAACGCCAAGGACACGGUGUUUUACCGGGCCGCCUUACGCCUUCGAGAGAUGGGUGGAAUCGUCAUCAGGAGCGCCAGGCGGCAAGCGGACAGGAUCGGUUUCGACUACGAAAGCGGCAUGCACUUGCCUCGGGAAGCCAGUCCCGACACGCGACGAGAACAAGAGAGGGAGCAGCUCCUUCUGCCAGAAAACAGGCGGCGGCUGCCUUUGGAGGAACAGCUGCAUUAUGUACAGGCGCGUCUGGAGGAGGCUAGCUCGGGGAAGCACAGCAUCGGCCAGUCUCGUCGUGCCAAAGCUCUCCGCAAGGAGCUCAGCGUCAUCAAAAGGAAGCUGGCGCAUCAGCGAGAAGGCGGCUCGGGGGCAAGGGACACCCUCGGAGGAGGGGGUGGGGAUCGGGGCUCGCUUCCUCAUCAUACGUCGUCUGCCGGGCACCACGACGAAGGCGAGGAAAGUAGCAGUCAGGAGCUCGGAGGAAAGGGUCACGUGUCGUCAUGUGCCUUGGCUCCAGAGGUGGGCAGACGGACAUCCGUCCUCUUCUCGAAGAAGAACCCCAAAAUGGCUGGACCUCCAAAAAGGCCCGGACGCCCCCCUAAAAACCGGGACCCUGGCUACGCCACGGCAGGGGUCCUUCCCAGCCCCAUAGGGCCCCCUCAGUUGCCCAUGCUUUCGCCGAGCAGGCAGAGAAAACGACCUCGAAGCCCACACACCAGCUCCACUUCAGACAGCGACAGUGACAAUGACGACCUGCUGCCAGGUCUGCCAAGUAACGGUUUUGACGGGGGCAACCAGCCUGUAACGGAGAGCUUCCGCGUGUACAGAAACGACACGCGUCUUCCACGUUCGAGCUCCGAUUCUGAGUCAACCACCAGCAGCAGUAGCAGCGCAGCCUCUGACCGGACAAGCACGACGCCCUCGAAGCAAGGCAGAGGGAAGGCGUCGUUCUCGCGCUCUGCCUUCCAGGAAGACAGCAGCGAGGAGACGUCUGGCACAGAAAACGAGUCGUACUCAGUGGGAGGCUCUCGGGGUGUUUCGCACUUGGUGCGUGGUCGUGCUCGUUCGGGAUGCUGGAUGACGUCAGACGAUUAUUCGUCGUUGGAGGCGCUGGACCUGGUGUGGGCCAAGUGCAGAGGUUACCCGUCAUAUCCUGCUCUGAUCAUAGACCCCAAAAUGCCCAGGGAGGGCGUUUUCCACCGCGGCGUCCCUAUCCCUGUCCCCCCGCUGGACGUUCUUAAACUCGGAGAGCAAAUGACCCAGGAAGCCCGGGAGCACCUCUUCCUGGUCCUCUUCUUUGACAACAAGAGAACCUGGCAGUGGCUGCCGCGCUCCAAGCUGGUGCCGCUGGGCGUGGACCAGGAGCUGGACAAAGAGAAGAUGCUGGAGGGCAGAAAGUCUAACAUCCGCAAGUCUGUGCAGGUGGCUUACCACCGGGCCAUGCAGCACCGCAGCAAAGUGCAGGGGGACCCCAGCAGCGAGACCUCUGACAGUGACUGA